UCUAUGGACAGAACCUCAAAAUUUUUAUUUGUCAUUUGUUGGCCUUUUUCGUGAUAAUUAGGAAUUGUUUGUCUUGUUAUGAAAUAUGUCUUUUGAUGUAUCUGAACGUAACGCAGUCAGUAACAAUACAUUAACUAAGAAAAAGACACUAAAUAUAAAGGACAUCAGUGAAAAGUGUUCGAAAAAUAAAAUAAUUGCUCAGUCCAAACGAGAGUGUUCAGAAUUAGAUAUUAACGGUUUCUACACGAAUAACAACAACAAUCAAAUGUUCAGUCGGUUUUGGAAAAGAUUGAAGUGCAUAAAAGGCACCAUACGAAAUUGUAAAUUAGUGCGCUGGCCAAAGUUUCAAGAAACCUGCUCAAGUGAUCAGCCAGUUUAUAUAGAAAAGCUUACAUCUCCUGAAGAUGUAUCUGUAUCUCAUAUUUCGUUCUCAACAAACUUCGUCCCAAGUAGUAAAGCCCCUAUACCAGAGUUUUUAAAUUUGGAAGACUCUAUUCCCCCACCUAUCCCUUCAAAAGGUUCUAAAAACAAAGCAAGUUUUAAUGAAGGUAGCUCUCAGUGUCUCAAUCCUCAAAACAUUUCAAAUGAACACCAAAUAUCCCCAACACCUUUCUUUGCUGAAAAAACAAUUGAAGAUGCAAAACUUUCCAAGGGUGUUCAUCAAGAAAUAUUUUCUUUGGCAAAAUAUGGAUGGUAUUGGGGUCCUAUUUCACAGAAAGAGGCCCAUGAAAAGCUUAGAGAUCAACCAGAUGGUGCAUUUUUAGUGAGAGAUUCGUCCUCAGAUAGAUAUUUGCUAACAAUAAGUUUUAGAAGUUCUGGAAAGACCUUACACUCACGCAUAGAACACAGUUGUGGUUUCUACUCAUUUUUUUCACAGGCACCAGGCUACCCAAGUGUAGCAGAAUUAAUUGAAAAGUCUAUAUCUUUAUCUCAAGAUACUGUUCUUGGAUAUUCAUUUCAUAGAAUAGAGGUGCAACCAGAUUAUCCUGUAAGAUUAACAAAACCAAUUUCCAGGUUUAUGGAAAUUCGUUCCUUGCAAUCUCUGUGUAGAUUUGUCAUUAGACAGAAUGUUAAUGUCGCAAACAUCGAUAGUCUUCCUCUUCCUGAAUCUUUAAAGCAAUUUAUUCAGCAGAAUCAUUAUUAGUUGUUGCUGAUAUUGAAUAAUCAUAAAUUGUGUGAUAAUGUUUGUUUUCAAUUUGUUAAAACAAAAUUUUAUAGGAUGUUUUUUAUAGUUGUUUUUUUAAUACUUACUUUUGUCAAAAUACGAUAUAAUAAAGAGUUUGUAUUUCCUUA